GAACUUUCUAGAAAGCAUCAUCCUGGAAGCAGGCGCUACUGGUCCCUAUGGCCGACUGAUGACGGGACAGAUCACUUUGUCUCAGCUGGUCACUGAGCUGGAUGCAGAUUGCAAGAAGGCUGCUGCUGCUGCCGGGAUUUUUCUCCCAGAGGAGUUUUCCAUGGCUUCGAUCUUCAGAGACAUUAUGGAUGAAGGGAGACUCAAUACGCCCUUAUUGGAUGCUGCUGUAACUCUCCGGAAAAAUGGAUUCAAGACCUGUGUCCUAACGAACAUCUGGAUUGAUGACACCCUUUGGAAAGGCAACGUGGGACUUAUGCUCCCUCUGUUGAGGAGACAUUUUGACCUGGUGAUCGAGUCGUGCCGUGUUGGGCUCCAGAAGCCAGACCCUAAAAUCUAUGAGUAUGCUCUGCGCAUGCUGGAGGCAGAACCGCAGGAGGUUAUUUUUCUGGAUGAUAUGGGAGCAAACUUGAAGCCUGCCCGGGAGAUGGGGAUAGCCACAAUCCUUUACAGAGACCUGGAGACGGCCUUGAAGGAGCUGCAGGACUUGUCUGGUGUUCAGCUUCUUGGCCAAGAAGAGGGAUUGCCAACUGCCUGUGACCCUGCCAAUGUGAGCCAUGGAUAUGUGCCAGUCAAGCCUGGAGUCCAGCUGCACUUUGUGGAGAUGGGGCAGGGCCCAGUGGUAUGCCUGUGUCACGGGUUUCCUGAAUCCUGGUUCUCCUGGAGGUAUCAGAUCCCUGCAUUGGCUGAUGCUGGCUUCCGGGUCAUUGCUUUGGAUAUGAAAGGCUAUGGAGAUUCCUCUGCUCCACCAGACAUAGAAGAAUAUUCUCAGGAAGAAAUAUGCAAGGAUCUUGCGGCCUUCCUGGACAAGCUGGGCAUUUUCCAGGCCGUGUUCAUUGGCCACGACUGGGGUGGCAGUGUGGUGUGGAACAUGUCUCUCUUCUACCCGGAGCGAGUGAAAGCCGUGGCUUCGCUGAACACUCCCUACAGACCUGCAAACCCCAACGUGGAUAUCAUGGAGGCCAUCAAAGCCCGUCCAGUCUUUGAUUACCAGCUCUUUUUCCAGAAGCCGGGGGUGGCCGAGGCCGAGCUGGAGGAGGACCUGGCCAGGACGUUCAAGACCAUGGUGCGGUCCAUCAAGAAGGAGGACUCGUUGCCCGUCCCGCUCGAACUCAACAAUGUCCAGCAACGAGGAGGCCUCCUGGUCGGCCUGCCCAAAGACCCCGCUCCGAGCCUGAUGGUCCCAGAACCUGACCUGCAGUACUACAUCCAGCGGUACAAGAAGUCCGGCUUCAGAGGACCGUUGAACUGGUACCGGAACAUGCAAACCAACUGGUGCUGGAGCUGCUCUGCAAAGGACAGGAAGAUCAUGGUCCCCGCUCUGAUGGUGACCGCUGGUAAGGACGAGGUUCUCCAUCCCAACAUGAGCAAAGGCAUGGAGGCAUGGAUUCCCCAGCUGACCCGGGGGCACAUUGAGGAGUGCGGGCACUGGACGCAGAUGGAGAGGCCAGCCGCACUGAACAAGAUCCUCAUCGAGUGGCUGGAGGACAUUCACAGCAAGACUUUGCUGGAAAGGAUCUCCCGGCUCUGAGACUGUCCUCUCCUUGCUGGUGCCACGGUAGUGGCAGGGCCCUUUCUAUCCUCAGGGCCAUUGCUCUCUCGAUAAGUUGGAUCUUUGCCAUUGGAUUGGGGCUUUGUUGGUGGAAAUUAGGAGUCAAGCAGGGUUUAGCUUUUCUUACUAAGCCUGUUGGUCUCUCCUUUGCACAUCUGUGUUGCAUUUGGGGUUGUUUUUUCCCUCCUUUUUUUCUGGCAUAAGGCACUGCGACCCGAUGGGUCUCUUAGCUGUGGAAGAAGCUACACUUUGAUCUCAAAGUGGCAGGCAGCCAUUACCAGGGGGCCAGAAGAGGAGAGGGAAUAGCCCCUGAGGAAGAGGGUUUCCAGGGGAAAAGUUUGCUCAAGGGGAGAGGUGACUUCUGAACUAGCCCUUCAUGUGUUGAUAAUGUGCUGUUAAUGAUACUGCUUUUCUAAUCUAAAGCCCUGUGGGAAUUUUCCAGGGUUAAGCUACAAAUUCUAGCACUCUGGGUUUGGGUUGGAUCCCGAAGCAGAAGAGACUUGCCUUCUAGUUCAUGUGAUAGCCAAAAUGCAGCCAGGGGUACAUCUUGAGAUGGUGGAAAUCUCACAAGAGCAGCUGCAGGCGUGUGCUUGUCACCUUGCAUAUUAGAUGAGGGGGGUCAGGACCCGAAGAGUGAUUUGCUUGGUCUACUGCCAUUAAUUUCUGCUGUGAUUUGAGACGCCUGGACAGUCGUGCUGCUCCCAUCCCAUGCACAUUGGGAAGGCAAGAUCUGUACAUGGAGUUUGCUAUGAAUACCUGUUAAUAAGUGUUUUGGAAACCAGAUUCUGCUUUUAUCACCUCGAGAGUCUCUUGUAAAUGAGUAAUUGGAAUAAAACAGAAAAUUGCU